ACAGAUUUAUCUCAUGCCUUUGUUAAAGACAAGUUCCAUUACCUGAAUGUUAACAAGAUUGGGACGUUUUUGGUGACGGACGUGUUUGACUGUACGUUUAAUUGUCUUCGUCUACCGUCAUGCGUUUCUGUAAACUUGGCGAGCAACACAGGAGCCGAUGGAACUAUUUGGUGCGAGUUGCUGUCUUCUGAUAAAUACCAAAACUCCCAGAAGUUCGAAGGAAACCAGACUUCUCAUCAUUUACUCCGAAAGGUAAACUUUUGAAAAAAACAGCGAAAAUAACAUAAUAACGGCAUAAAACAUAGAAAAAAUAAUGAUAAAAAAGAUAAUUAAAAAACAGACAAGGGAAAACAAACCAAAAAUACAAAACAAAACAAAACAAAAAACAAAAACAAAAACAAAAAAACCAGGAAGAUAAAAAAUAUAAAUUCUGAAUUUGCUUGUAUCUGAGUAUUUAUCAGUGAAUCAUCCGAUAAAAAUGAUGUUUUUGUUUUAAUCAUGAACAGAGUAAUAACGACGAAAACAACAAAAUACACGCCUAGGUAACAAAAUGAAUUGAGAAAAUGAAUAAAAAUAAGCAAACAGAAGGAAAAAAAACAAACAAUACCGAAAUAAAAAUAAAAAAAAAACAAGAUAUCAAAAGAGAGAAAAACCUGAACAAAAUGAUUUUAAUUUUUGGUUCAGGUCUACUCAACUCUUACUUUGGUUUGAUUUCUUUUGCGUUCCUUUUUUUAUCUUUUAAUUUGUUCUGUGUUUUUUCCUUUUGCUAACCAGAAAGGCCAAGCAAUCAAAAUAUUUUCAAUUUGUUCUGAUAAAAAAUGGAUUUGACUUUCUCACAUGCGUUUCUUACAUUGAUGUCAUAAAUAUUCAAAUCCACCGAAAAGAAUUUCAAAGCUGACUUUCGAGUGUUAGCCCUUUGUCUGUUGGCCCUUCGCUGUGACGAAGGGCUAACGUUCGAAACGUCAGCUUUAAAAUGUUCUUGCGGCCAAUUUACGUUAUAAACUCAGUUGAUAAAAUCAAAUUACCUGAGAAUAAAACAACUUAUUGCUUUGUUAUUUCAGUCGCAAUGUAUUUCUACGCCGUGUCAAAAUGGUGGUACAUGUCUGGCAAAUUAUCAGGACGACACGUUCACAUGUCUUUGUAAAAACGAUUAUAUUGGACAACACUGUGAAAAAGGUAAUGAUUUAAAA